AUGACCAAUCCCUACAAUAAGCAUAUCUGGUACGGCUGGGACGCACCGCCCGAGGCUAAAGGCGCCUGGGCUCAGUGGAUGGCGAAAUACCAACAGGCCAUAGCUGGGAAGGGCGGCCCCUACAAUCCCAGUAUACAUGAUAAGCCGUAUGGACAAGAUGUAAAAGACUGGCCUGCGGAUUGGGGUGUUCUGGGGCCACCUCGGGAUGGUAUGAUGCCGCCGCCGUGGGCAUAUGUGCCAAAGAGGUCGGGCAAACCAGCGCUUUGCUAUGAUCCUCCGCUAUACGGCGAUUGCAGCUCAAACAUAUACCGUUACGGUUACAACAGUUUCACUGAAGAAUGCCUUCAGUUCUCGUACUCGGGCUGCGGGGGCAACAUGAACAACUUCGUCGAAUGGGAGAGGUGCCGAGACACGUGCAUGGGCUCACCCAAGUUCGGAUGUAACGACGACUCCAAGAUACCGAUCGACACCAUCGUAGGGGCGCGCCGCUGCGGAUAUCAGGAUGACGUGCCCAAUGACUAUUUGUCAGUAAGAGACUAUCCGGGCAGUAAGUAG